UGGCGGUUACAAAUACAGUUCGGUGUGUGUAUGUACAUGUCGUUUAAUGCUUUUGAAUCAGUAAAUAUUUUGUCAGUUUUUCGUAGCUUUUGCACUUUUGCUGUUUAUCUGUGUUGUAAUAUUUUCGUGGGAGUAUUUUUGAAUGAUAAACCGAUCCCUACCCAGCAAAAACGGGGAUAUAGAUACAGCAAAGUAGUGGACGAACGAGUGUUUGCAGUACAAAAUGUCAUCGACGGAAGAAGCGAAGAGACUGGAAGAAAAACUGAAACAAUUUGAAACAAAAGAUGAUGGAAAAGGUAAUAUGCGGGCCCUUGUACCAUAUGACCCGAUAGAACAAAGAAAAAGAAAUCUGGUUCUUGACGAGGAACGUUUUGAAGAUACAUUCCUAAAAUGUCUUAUAUGUAGAGAAAGCUACGACGAUGACGAGAAGGUUCCAAAAAUGCUUCCGUGUCACCAUACCUUUUGUCUUGAUUGUCUACAACAAAUGUUUCGCGUGGAGGGCGAGUUUCGUCAAACUCUGACCUCCGCGUUUCGUAGUAUGCCAGUUGCUGUGAAAAUCAGCUGCCCUACAUGCAGGGAUAGUAUUAUAGCUUCUGCUAUGGAGAUCAAAAAAUUGCCAAACGACCACACUGUUCUAGAACUUGUUGCUUUUAUAAAGCAUAUCGGAAAGGCAAAAGUUUCGUAUUGUUCUAAACAUCAAAUGCAGCCCUUGAACUUUUUCUGCGAACCUUGCAUGCAACCUGUCUGUUGCGAUUGCACGGUUAUAGAUCAUAAAGAAAUUAACGGGCAUGUUGUUAUAAGCGUAGAUGCAGCGAUGAAAAAGUACUCCCCAGCAAUUGACAAAACUCUUUGUGAAAUUGACUCCGAGAAGAAAUCGCUGGAAGAUAAACGACACGCGCUUGAAAAAGCGUUUGAUAAUGUGGAGCAGAUUCAGCGCGAGCUUGCGGUCCAGAUUCGCCAGACGUUUGAUCGCAUUCGUGAUUCUGUGGACGAGAGGGAAAGGGAGCUGUUUGAAAUAUCCGAACGCGAGAUAGACAGGAAAAGAACAAUGCUUCGGGACUGCAUGAAAAUGGUGACCAGCAGAGAAACUGAGCUGAAGCAGCAGACGGCAAAACUUUCACAAACAAAAGAUAACAAAGAUCUGGUGAAUAUGUUCGAUUUCAAUAAGAAUGCACGUGAAUGUCUAGAAACAAAACCGGAAAUUCCGGUUUCAAAGUCGUCUGAAGAUUUCGCAGUUAGUUUCCAGUUCAACAGUAGACAGGAAAACAGUGUACGACAAAACAUUGCCAACUUUGGUGACGUCACAUUCAAGUUUGAUUGAGAAAACAUGUUGAAUAGUUUGGGCUGAAAUCAUUUAUUAAUAUUCGCUUGUAAACAAGCUAUAUAACAAAAAAUGCUUCUAUAACUUGCCGUGCACACAAAAAAUGUACAUACAAUCUUCAUAACAUGAUAUACUUAUAAAGUCAAAACAUAUUUUAUAUGAGCUUUAAUGAAUAAAACGACAGGAAGUGCGAAGAUAUUAGAAUACUGUCUAUUCUCAUCGGGUCAUCGUUCACAUCCGCUCUUUUCACAAAAAAACUAAAUUCAUACGCGAUAGGAUUAGAAGUUAUAGUUCAUUAUGCAAAUUUAGCGGUUGUAUCCGUAUCAUGUGGGGGAAAAAAACCUAAAGCAAGUAUACUAGUAUUCAAAAGAGUGUAAGUUAGAUACAUUUUGUACCAACUAGAUUUGUUACGUGUUUAUCUACAUAUUUUUGUAUCUAUUAACUUGUGUACUGUUAUGCCAGUUAUACUAUUACAGUCAAACCUGUAUUGAGCAGCCAUUCAGAGGAGUGACGCACUAUGGCUGCUUAAGUCAGGUGACCGCAUGUGUAAGUAAUAAUAGAACUUCAAUUUGGAAAGUAAGCUAGCUGACAGGCUACUUAAGACAAGUGGCUGCUGAAUACAGGUAGCUGCUAAGACAGGUUCUACUGUAUGUACAGUGUAUCACAAUAACGCUAUUAUAUGUAACAACAUUUUUAUUAUUUACAUGCUCGUUGGUAAUUAAUUUUGCAGGUCACCAUUCAAAUAUCUAACAUGAUUCUAAAUAUAGUUCUUCAGAUGUUUUAGCUUUCCUGAGCACAAAGUGCUCAAGGUGAGCUAUUGUGAUCACCAUUAGUCCGCCAUCCGUCGUCGUCCGUCAACAGUUUGGCUGUUAACACUCGAGAGGUCAAAAUUUUGGCCCAGUCUUAAGCUGUAGAUAAUUUCGCCCUAAAAUGGUCUCCUUAACAUUCUAGGACAAAUUUGUUACUGGGUCAUUGGGGGUCUAAAACUAGGUCACUAGGUCAGUUUAUAGGAAAACAUUUUUAAUAGUCUGGAAGCAACAUUUUAUCUUAAUCUUCAUAAAACUUUGUCAGAAUGUUUGUCUCUAUGAAAUUUAGGUCAGCUUUGAAACUGGGAUCACUGAGGUCUUAAAGUAGGUCACAUUGUAGAUAAAAACUGUGUUAGUACCCUAGAGGCCACAUUUUCUAUUUGGUUGUCAGAAAUAUGAUAUGUCUCUAUGAAAUAUAGGAUAAAUUCAUAAUUAGAUAACCCGAAGUCAAAACUAGGUCACCGGGUCAAUCAUAGAAAAUCUUUGUUGACAUUCUAGAGGCCAUAUUUUCUAUUUGAUCGUCAUAAAACUUUGUCAGAAUGUUUUCUCUAUAAAACCUAGGUCAUUCUGAAAAGUAAGGUGCAUGAGGUCAAAACUAGGUCAAAUCAUAGAAAAACUUUGAUAUUCAUGAUACUUGGUCAGAAUGUUUUCCUGUUUAAAAUCUAGGAUAAAUGUGUUAUUUGGUCACUUGGGUGAAAAACUAGUUCACCAGGUCAAAUCAUUUGGUAAAUGAUCUGUCCAAUUUACAUGGUCAUAAUGUUUGUUUCUAUGAAAUAUAUUUAAAAAUUCUUCUUAUUAGAAAACAUUAGCCCAAUUUCAAAAUAAUUUCACAUAUAUUUUCCAUGCCUAACCCCCUACCAAAAUUGUUCACUUAGGUGAGCCCUCUUGUUUGUAAUUACCAUUUUGUCAGUACUUUUGAGAACACAUAUAGAUCGGAAAAAGAAAGACAGGCUCUGGAAAAAUUAUUUACAAAGAAACUGACCUAGCUAUACAGAAAAAAUAGACUUGGCUACAUUUGUAAAAAGGCUUUUCCUAUUCAAUGGUUUCUCUACAAAGGUUGUUCAGUGCACUUCUGUUGAACAUCUCUGCAAGACGGUUGUGGUAUUUUGAUUGGACAGGUUCAACUGUUGCUUUAUAGAGGAGGUUUUGUAAGACACUGCUUUAGUCAGAAAGUAAAUAUCGGCUUUUGUAGGGGAGAUACAUGCUCUCCUGGUUUGUUCAAUGUUAGUAGAGACUUUCGUGUACUGCACUGGGCAGGAAUACUGUCUGCAUGUAUAUGCUUGAAAAUAAUCAAUGUAUUGAUUGGUAUAAAAAGGAAGAACUAAAGACUUGCGAUCACGAAGCUGAAGGUUCGAAUCCCGGAUGAAGAGUACGUUCGUUAUGAGUUGUCUGGGUUCAUAAAUCAACAUGUAUGUUGCAUACUGACUGAUAUACUUUUGAAAUCCAAAUAUUCUGCUGGCAUAGAGCUUGGUUAAUCUUUCCGCAUAUGUGCCUGUAUAAAAUAUGUAUCUAGACAACCUCGCUCGUUCUCAUUUUCUUUUAACAUUUUACUCCUCUGUGACAGAUUUGCGUUGAUAAAUAUGGCACAUAAUUUGCUCGGUAUUUUGGAUAAUUUCUGGUUAGUUAAUAUUGCUAGAAAAUAGACAAAUACGUAUAGAUCAUUUGCACGAAGCAUUUGCUACCAAAUACGCUAUACAUGAAAACGAUUGUCUGUGAUAAGGUUAAUGUUUGUUGUUGUAUAGUCGAAUGAAGUGGACUUCACCAUUGUUUAAAGUUAUCUUUACAGGCCUAUGUACGUAGUUCGUUUGUAAAAAGGGCUUGCCUCCAGCUUUAUAUCAAAUCUUCCGAAAUUUAGAAAGAUAGUAUUUGUAGUUAAAAAAACAUGGGUUCUGUAUUUAAAGUCUUUAUCUAUUCUAGAAACGCACAUAUACUCUGUAAAAUAUACAGAAUAAAGCUACCAAAAAACUUUACUUACAAAAAUUAAAUGAUACAGUACUGACUGAUGAUUCUAAAUAUUCAUCGUUUUUUUUUUCAUAUAUUUUGAAAAUCAUAAUUACCUGACAUUUUUUGAGGCAAGGUCUUUAAAAUGCAGAAUAUGUCAAGAUUUUGUAAUUAUUUUGAUAAAAUAUGUACCGGUUAUAAGAUUAAUGAGAAUAUAUCGAUAAAAUAUGCAAAUCUUAUGAUAGACAAUAGAUGAUUGUUAUUUUAAUGAGAAAUUCACUACAAAAUGGCAUCAAUCAAAUAAAUAUUUAUGCUUA